GUCACUUUACCGACUCUUUUGAACAAUCCGGUUUGAGCUGUAAACACUUCGGUUCAUUUGCUUCAUUCCGAACAGGAUCUGUAAAUAUUUCAGUGGAGUUUCGGUGCUUUGACUUAUUAAAGCUCAGGAUUGAUUCCUAUUCCAUAUUCUGUGUAAAUAGCGAAACGUCAGCGUGAGAAGGAAAUGAUCAUUAAUGAGUCGAAUCCACUGACUCACUGAAAAGAGUCGUUUGGUUUGAACAUUACAGCUGUGAAGACGGUCGUGUUUUUAAGGAAGACAACAGAAGACAUUGGACAGAUCUUGUUAUUCUUCUUCUUAUCUUUUUUACGCAGUUUUCUAGAAGUUUGAUUCAGAAUUGAAGGGAAGAAGAAGGAGAAACUGCUCCAUGUUCCAUGCUGUGGGUCUGAAGAAGACCUGAAACUAAUAAACUACACUUCAGUUGAAGAUGUUCUCCAAAAUCAGAGAGAAACUACAGGAGCAGCUGAGUGACUACAUCUUAGACACUCUCAAAUACAUUGCAACUGUGAAGGAGUUUUGUGACAGAGAGUCCAAAUGGACCCUACAGAGAGAGACCGAGCUCGACAAGAUGAUAGACAUCAAAGACCGGGCCGAUCAAAUCACUCUGAAGUUUGAGCAUGUUCAGAAGGCUGAGAACAAGCCCAAAGCGUUUGGCGAAUACAUGCGAAAUAGAUUAACUCAAGUUAAAGCAGAUUCCAAAAGGCAGGUGCUGGAGAAGGAGCUGGGAGAAGUUCUGAAGAACACAUUAGAAGGCCUGGAGAAACUUCGACACUUCCUGGUUGCAGUGGAGAAGCUCGCCGUCACGUCACUGUUCGUCUUCAUGGGCGAGAGCUUCAUGCCAAAGGGAGUGAGUUCCAUGUCCGUACGCUCAGUGAUCUCUGCAGCCAGAAGGGUGUCUCCUCUCCUCGUCUACUUCAAGAGAGACGAUGGAGCUUACUUCCUGCCGAGUCUCAGCAACGUGGAAGUCCUGGCCUUCCAGCUGGACAAAUACAUCCGCGUCACUCAGCAGAUCUGUGAGAAGAUGGAGAAAAAAUCCAAGAGCAUUUCAUAUAAUGGAGGUGUUCCUGAAUGGAAAAAUGGGAAAAAUUCACUAAAGUUUAACUUGAUCAUGAGUGAGGAGUCGCUGCAGAAACUGUGUGAUCAUUUACUCCAGCUCAUCAACAUCAGGACGGACGAGUCGUUCAGGUUGACUUUCCUGUUCGGUGUGAAGGCACAAGACUUCAUUUUCAUAUUCAGUAUGUGUCACAACAGAAUGCUUCAGUUCCUGUGUGAUUUUGAUGAAGCUGCAGUUCAGUUGAACAAGAUGAAGCUGGGCUCCAACAUCUCCACUGUGGCUGGAAGUUCAGUCGGUAUUGCAGGAGGUGUUUUUUCCAUCGUAGGUUUAUCUCUCGCUCCCGUUACUGCAGGCGUGUCUUUGGCUCUCACACUCACAGGUGUUGGUCUCGGAGUCACCAGCGGUGCUAACAGCAUCGUUACAGGCAUCACUGAAAUAGCAGUCAAUAAACAUCAUGGAAAAAAAGCCAACAGCAUUUUCAUCAGAUUUAUGGAAGAUGUGCAGAAGAUCCAAGAUUGUGUGGAGGAAGUGGCCAGCAGUGAGUCUCUUAUAGCAGAUGAUGUUUUAACAAAAGUUAAAGUUGCAGUAAAAGUGGCUGCAUCUGCUGUAUCUGUAUGCAAAGGUAUUGAUGCCCUUGUGGAUGGAGCUUCAGCUGUAAAAGCUCUCAGAAGUGAGGAGAUUAUUGCAGAAGCAGUUAAUGUUGGCCUUCAGGAAGCUAAAGCAGUUCGCAACGUUCCCCAGUUGGCUGCAGAUCUUCCAGACAUUGGGCAGCUGGCUAAAGGAACUCCUCUGGCCCUCUCCAAGUCAGCCAGGGCAGGGUUUAUUGGAUUAAAUGCCCUCUUUAUUGGUCUGGACGUCCUGUUUAUCUGUAAAAGUGGUAUCAGUUUGUCCAAAGGAAGCAAAAAUGAAGUGGCUCAGCUCAUUCACUCCAGAUCAGUUCUGUGGCGCUCAGAAGUGGAGGCGUGGAAGAAGAUCCAUGACCAUUUGUGUAACGCAAUGUCAUGUUUUUAUAGAUAUCAGGAAAUCCUAGAGCAGCCUUUCAUUCCUUAACAUCACCCUGAAUUCACAAGCAGGAUGUUAAAGAUGCUUCAGACCCCUUUACUUUAUGUUGGGUUAAGAUUGUGGUGUUGCUAAAUGUAGUCCACAGCUUUCAUUAUGUCUGAGACUUGUUUAUUUCCAUCUUUAUCAUGUUCAGAUUUUAUUUUGUUUAACUGGUGAAACUGGGAAUUAAACUAUAGACAAUAACACUGAUUAUUUUAAUAUUUAGGUUGAUGACAAUCACAAGGUGUUGAUUAAUCCUUCAGAAUGACUGUAAAGUUAAGUAAUCACACAGGAAGCUCCUUCUCCUGUCAAUCAAACGCUUCACUCACUCAUUUGUGUGUUUCUGUGUUUAACUCUUAACUCUUUGUAAACUUCUGAAUGUAAUAAACCACAGUUUAUGGUGCA